AUGCCGAGGCCCUACCUGCGCGUGACUUUCGUGGACAAGCAGUCGCUGACCAUCAUGAAUCCAAAGCCGUGGACUUGCGUGGAGUUCGGCAACUGCUCGUACUGGCACAAGACGGCCAACAUAUCGUGGUGGAACCUCUCGAGCAACCAGUACGCCAACUUUUAUGAGAGCUCGAGCUGCGUCUCCCAGGUGUACUUCCACUACAUCUCGGAUCGCAAGGGCUACGCUGCCGGACUUAUCAGGAUCAACAAGAAGAAGGAGCGGUUCAUGCGCUCCAUGAUGGUCGGAAAAAUGUCGACCGUGUUCCGCCAGCCUACCAUCACCUACGUGAGCGCCUGCCCCAAGAGUUCGAGCGGCAAAGAGGCGGACAACAUCUCGGCGAAUGGGUGUGGAAGAUGA